AUGACCCUCAAAUAUCUCAUCACCGGUGCCACAGGCGGACUAGGCAAAGAAGUCCUGGCCUACUUCGAAGCCAAUCGUCCCUCCUCCGAAUAUGCUGCCGCCUCGUCGCGGGAGUCGAAUCGAAAACCAUUCGAAGAUCGUGGAAUCGCCUUUCGCCAUGUGGACUACGAUGACCCCCGCUCGCUCGAUGCAGCCUUUGCGGGCGUAGAGAAUCUGUUUUUUGUCAGCACCAACGUCUUCGACAAUGAGAGGCGAAUCAAGCAGCAUCGAAAUUUCGUUGACGCCGCCAAGAGAGCUGGCGUCAAACAUGUGUGGUAUACGUCGCUCGCAUUUGGUGGUGUGAAGUCCGAUUCCAAAGCGGCAAUUCAGCAAGCCCAUCUGCAGACGGAAGAUUUACUGAGAGAGUCUGGAAUGACCUUCACCUCCAUCCGCGAAGGAGUCUAUGCAGAUGCUUUCCCGCUCUUUCUCAAUUGGUACCCCGAUACCACCACCGUCUCACUCCCAGCAGACGGACGUUGCGCUUUCACUCUGCGAAAGGAGCUAGGGGAAGCGAACGCUCGAUUGAUGCUUCAGGGUGGCCACGAGAACGAAAUCGUCCUCCUGGCAGCGGGAGAGACGAUAAGUUUCGCCGAGGCGGUGGAUGUGAUUAAUGAGACGACGGGACGUAAUGUCAAAUUCCAGAUCGUCUCCCCGGAGGAGUAUGUGCGCUUGAGCGCAACAGACGACCAGGGAGGAAAGCCAGCCGAGUUCUUCCAGGCGCUCGUUAGCUGGUACGACAGUAUUGCGCAGGGUGAAAUCAGCCACACCGAUCCGUUGAUGAAAGAGGUGCUUGGACGGGAUCCCACCACGCCCCGGGAGGCGAUUCGUGGUCUUUUGUUGGAGAACUGGGAUUAUACCUGGCAUCAGAAUUAUGUGAAUCAGUGA